UGCAUUUGUGAGUGUUUGGUCGAAAGCUUCAAGUGGGGAACUCAAGUGAAUCACAUUGUUUUCCCUUUUACAUAAAUCAUAUGGAAAGACCAACCAUCAAAUGAGAGUGAUUCUGACCUGAGCAAAAGAAAAAGGACUACAAGGUGGUGGGAAGAAAAAUAAAUCAUAGCCAUGCUAAAGCCAUUUAGCCUCUUAAAGCCGUUUGGAAAUGUGGGGAAGGCACAAGAUGCAACUGACCUUCUCUCAGAGGAUCUGGUUUUGGUGGAGCAGCGUGUGGAACCAACCAGGAAAGCAGCUCAGAUCAUCCAUAAGAAGCUGUCUGGUUGUUUGCAGAGUCAGCAGGGGUUGGACUCAGAGAGACGAAUGAAAAAGCUGCCCCUUAUGUUGCUCUCUGUCAGUAUGGCUGAGAGCUUUAAAGAUUUUGAUGGCGAGUCAUCUAUUCGGAGAGUUCUCGAAAUGUGCUGCUUCAUGCAAAACAUUCUGGCACAAACAUUAGCAGACUUUGAAGUGAAGCUGGAAAAAGAAGUUCUGGAGCCUCUAAAUAAACUCAGUGAGUUAGACCUUCCAGAGAUUUUGAGGAACAAAAAGCAGUUUGCGAAACUGACAACAGAUUGGCACAACGCUCGAACCAGAGCUCAAGGGAGUACAGGUCCCCAGGCUAAACAAGAUGGACUGAGAGAGGAAGUGGAGGAAGCCUGGAGAAAACUAGAGUCAAUCAAGGAUGAGUAUUCAGCUGAUCUUUACCAUUUUGCCAGUAAAGAAGAUGAAUAUGCCAAUUACUUCAUACGUCUCUUAGAGCUACAGGCUGAAUACCACAAACUCUCCCAUGAAUUCUUGGAGAAAAAUAUCACUGAGCUGAAGGAAAAUCACAACCAAACAGAACCCCACGUGGGUGUCUCAACAAAGAAAGUGUAUGGUGAGUCUCUGCUCUCCCACCUUAAGAACUGUGACCAAGAGAUUGCUAAACCCAUUCAGGAAUGUGUUAACAUGCUGCUGAGGACGGGACUCAGAGAAGAGGGCUUGUUCAGACUGACGGCAGCUGCUUCUGUGGUAAAAAAGCUGAAGAGCAGUCUGAACUCCGGGAUGGUGGAUCAUGCUGAGUUCAGUGCUGACCCUCAUGCUGUCGCAGGUGCUCUGAAAUCUUACUUGAGAGAGCUGCCGGAACCUCUGAUGACAUUUGAACUGUAUAACGAAUGGCUUGAGGCAUCAGGAGAAAAAGAACUAGAUGACAAAUUGGAGCGGUUUCGAGCUGUAUUGAAAAAACUCCCAAAAGAAAACUACAGUAAUCUUCGAUAUCUUGUCCAGUUUCUAGCGUGUUUGUCAGAACACCAGGCAGUUAACAGGAUGACUCCAAGUAAUAUUGCCAUAGUGCUUGGACCUAACCUACUGUGGCCUCGUAUUGAGGGAGAGACUUCUCUACUAGACAUGGCUUCUGCCUCCUCAGUCCAGGUCGUGACAGUGAUAGAACCACUCAUACAAUACUGCAAGAGCCUGUUCCUUGAAGAUGUUGAUUUUGAGAUUCCAGAACUCCCAGCGCUGUCUCCAUCUUUACCACAGAAGUCCCCAUCAGGCACUGUCUUUCCUGCCCCUUCAACUGCUUCUGUCUCAAAAACUGACAGUCCAUCUUCAUCUGAAAACUAUGGUGCAGCAGUAAAUAUUAAGACUGGUCCAAUGGAUCGUGGUACAACAACGUGGGAGCUCAACAGUCCUUCUCCAGUCAGUCAGCCGUCUGCUCAGGCUUCGAGUUCAAAUGCAGCUCCUGGUCAGAAUCAGCCCAAGACUUAUCCUCAACCACAACCGCGCUCUCAGCUUCAAGCAAAGUCUCAAUCUCAGACUCAGGAUACAACCCAGGCGAAGGCAAACAACUCUCUAGAGGACAGCUCAGAGCACUCUGAGGGCACACUGAAGAUCACCACUCCCUUUAAACCAAGAAGGUCGUUUGUUCAGCUCAAGUCAUUUAAUAAAGACGCUGUUGUAAGCUAUGGCAAACCCAAAACCCCAGUUGUUCCCAUGAGCGAGGCCGGACCUCUGCCAAGAAGUUUUCCACUGGCCAUGCCCGCAAUCUCUGAGGCACAGACGGAGCCUGCAGCCAAACCCCAAGCUCCUCCUGCUCCUUCAGCUCCUCCUGCUCCUUCAGCUCCUCCUCUUCCUUCAGGUCCUCCACCUGAAGGAGGUCAUCAGAGAAGGGCUGUGGGCAAGAGACCCAAAGUGCCCCCUCCACUUCCACCUCAGUCCCUGCCCAAGCAACUCUCAUCGUCAGCCCAGUGAGCCCAACCUGCAUUCUCCUUCAUACUGAUUUACUGCCAUUAGGGUGCAUCAGUUGCCCCCUAAAAAUGAAAAGUUCCUCCGAUCAUGAUGCAUUUUUGUUUUUAUGUUCCUUUUGGUAAGAAAACACACUGGGUGAAAUAUUUUGACAAAAUUCAAAAGUUUAAUGGUGGCACCAGGAGCUCAAAGUUAUGGAAAAAGCUGCUAUUUUAUGACUUUUAUGACAAAAUUUCAAUCACUUUUCAUGAAACAUUAUGGCACCUUAUAGAGUAUACCAAAUAUCUUAGAUACACAUUUUUAGUACAUAUUCUAAAUAUAUUAUCAAGCACAGUUUGAGUUUUAGCUGUUCAUUGAAUCAUUGUUCAACUACUUUUAAACAAUACAAAUGCAUUAUGAAUCACAUUAAUGCUUCUCAAUCCCUUGCAAAGGUUCUUAACAUGAUCUCUGGCUCACAAGAAAUCAAUAAAUGGAGUCCAACAUUGUGAUUCAAACCUUAAGCAAAAACAUAAAAUAAGUGUUUUUUGGCAAAAAAAUGAACCUCAUGGUGCCACCAUUAGACUUUUGAAUAUGGUCAAAAAAUUUUACAGGAUGUCUUUAUUGGUGAAAAGCAGGCCCGCCGACGGGGGGGGGGGACAAACGGGUAUGUUGUCCCGGGCCCAGGAAUGGGGGGCCAGAACUGGGCUCUCAUGAAGUUGCAAUUAUUUUAUUUCAUUUCAAAAUGUGUUGAUUUGGGGGAGAAAUGUGCUAUAUUUGCAUUCAAUAAAUGAUUUCUAGAUCU